AUGCCGUCUUCGGCUGACCUCUUAGUCCUGGGUCAGUUCAAAGAGCCCACUUGCGGCCAGCGCGGCACACACAGCUGAUGUGCGGCCUUUCCUUCCCUUGCACUUGCACUUUACCAGCUCUGAUCGGCCUUGGUGCGGUGGUGUACCUAUUCAAGGACAGCAUCUUUUCCAAAAAGGUCGACACUUCCGCGAGCAAGCUUGCGCAACCAGCCUCUUUUGACGAGGAAGGAGGAGAUGAUUUUGUCUCCAAGCUAAAGGAGCAGGUGAGCAUUCGCGCGCCAGCACGGAGGGUGCCUUAUGAGUCACGCAGCGACGCAUACAAGAACGCUUGGCUCACAUCUGAGCUCUGUUGGCCUCAUGUACCGCUCAGAAAAAGCGCAUCGUCAUCUUUUGUGAGUAUGCACAGCCUCUCGAAAUGCGCUCAUCCAGCUUUGAAUAGCGCAAAGUUCUCACCGCCUCUUGCCCGAAAACCGCGUGCACGCCUUUCAGAUGGCUCUCAGGUGAGUACGAGAUCCAAAAACCGCGCCUCUCGUCUUUUUGACAAUCAUUUUUUUGCUGGCAGACUGGAACUGCAGAGGAGUACGCAGUGAAAAUCGCAAAGGAAGCAAAGGCUCGAUUCGGCACCUCUUCUCUCGUACUCGACCCCGAGGAGUAUGAGUUCGACAAGCUAGACGCUCUUCCCGCGGACGCAGUAGCAAUCUUUGUUAUGGCCACGUAUGGAGAAGGCGAGCCCACAGAUAAUGCUGUGAAGCUUGUAGAGCACGUUGCCGAAGAGUCACCCCAAUUCACGCAGGGCGACAAUCUCGAGAGUCUCAAGUACGUCAUCUUUGGUCUCGGUAAUCGCACAUACGAGCACUACAACAAGGUCGCGCGCGAUCUGGACUCACGCUUGCAGGAGCUUGGGGCAACUCGCGUCGGCGAGCGCGGAGAAGGCGAUGAUGACAAGAGCAUGGAAGAGGACUAUCUCGAGUGGAAGGAUGGCAUGUUCGAGGCUCUUGCGCAGGAGUGCGGCUUUGAGGAAGGCGGUGGCGGUGAGGUGGAAGAUUUCGAAGUUGCGGAAAUCGAUGAUUUCGAAGAGGACCGCGUGUACCAAGGAGAGCUCUCUGCCCGUGCUUUGCUGGGAACCAAAGGAAUCCACGAUGCCAAGAACCCCUACCCUGCGCCCAUCAUCAAGGCGAAGGAGCUAUUCAGUCUGAGCGGCGAGAGGUCAUGCGUGCACAUGGAAUUCGACAUCGAUGGAUCGGGCAUCUCCUACCAGCAUGGCGACCACAUUGCUGUCUGGCCCAACAAUCCAGAGAUCGAAGUGGAGCGCAUUUUGGCUGUCCUUGGUCUCACCGAGAAGCGCUUCACAGUCAUCGAUGUCGAAUCCCUGGACCCAACGCUCGCCAAGGUGCCCUUCCCCGUGCCCACCACUUACGAUGCCAUUUUCCGCCACUAUCUUGAUAUUUCAGCUGCAGCUGGUCGUCAGGCAGUCAAUUCCUUUGCCAAAUACGCCCCCAGCGAGGCUGCCAAGGCCGAGCUCGCAAAGAUCGGAUCGGACAAGGCGUACUUUGGCAAGAAGGUUGCAAGCCGCUCCCUCAAGCUCGCAGAGGUUCUGCAAAGCGUUGCUGGCGAUGACCUUCGCGCCGAGCCUAGCAAGUCCACUCCAUGGCAAAUCCCUUUUGACAGAAUCAUCUCUGCGAUACCCCGCGUCGGCCCUCGAUUCUACUCCAUCUCUUCCAGCCCCAAGCUGUAUCCGAAGGCCGUUCACGUCACCGCGGUCGUUCUGCGCUACCAAGCUGCGGACGGAGGAGAGUACAUCCAUGGACUGGCAACCAACUUUAUCAGCACGCUCAAGCAAAAGUACAACCAGGAGCAGGUCGACGCUCGUAUCAAGUCUCCUUACUACAAUAUCGAGGGACCUCGAGGCGCGUAUAUUGCGGGAGGUCAAAUUCGCGCUCCUAUCCACAUUCGUCGCUCCACCUUCCGAUUGCCCACUUCUCCCAAGAUCCCAGUCAUCAUGGUCGGCCCUGGCACAGGUGUCGCGCCAUUCCGAGGAUUUGUGCAGGAGCGCGUAGCCUCUGCGCAAAAGGCGAUCGAAAAGAAUGGACCAGAGGCGCUCAAAGAUUGGGGCAAGAUUAGAUUGUUUUACGGAUGCAGAAAGUCGAACGAGGAUUUCUUGUACAAGGAGGAGUGGGAAGAGCACAAAAAGGCCCUAGGAGACACGUUUGAGAUGUACACAGCGCUCUCUAGAGAGAAGUUCAAGCCGGACGGAUCCAAGCUGUACGUGCAAGAUCUUGUUUGGGAGCAGCGCGAGGCCAUCGCGAAGGACAUUCUCGACAACAAGGCCUACAUUUUUGGUGAGUGCUCGCUAGCAUGGCCACCUCGCAGAUUCUCUUUGUGGGCUUCGUUCUCUGACGCUACUCAAAAUUCGCGCUGUCUGCUCAGUCUGCGGUGAAGCUGCAGGCAUGGCUAAAGAUGUUGAAGCGACCCUCGUUCGCAUCUUGUCCGAGGCCAAGGGAAGCGCCGAGGAUGGCAAGAAGGAGUUGCAGCUUCUCAAGUCCCGCUCGCGUCUCUUGCUAGACGUUUGGUCAUAG